CCUGCUCAAUCCAAAAUGGCGGCCGGCGAGGCAGGAGUCGAGCAAGAAAUAAAUCGACGGUUGGAAGUGGUAUGUGGGGCCCUUUGGGAAUAGAGAUUAACAGAUUAUCUAGAAUUGGUAGCUAAGGAUUGAUUUUUUUUCCUGUAGAUGCCAACAGGGGACCCUGACGAUGAAACCUGUGCCACGUUUGUUCUGCAUGAAGAAGAUCACACUCUUGGAAACUCUCUAAGAUACAUCAUCAUGAAAAAGUAUGAGGCGGGGGAAUUAAAUGGGAAGGCCCAUUAUAUAUUUUUUUAGCUUUCAACUUAUAGCCUCAGGUUGCCGUGCAUGAGUUUUAAGUCUGCCCCUUAUGAUAUUUGUUCAACAGGUGAACAGAUAGCCCAUCCUGUCCCCCCCCCAACAGCUUUAUUAGUAUAAUGGCUCUUAGACAUAAAGGCGUACAGCCAAAUGGGAAGUCACCAGAUACCAACUAUUGGAGUAACUACAGAAUACCCUGCUGCUUGCAAGCAGUAACCCUUAAAGAGCUGAUUAUGUUGAUAGGCAGUUAUUAUUUUAAUGCACUCUUCUACCAUUAGUGGCUAUAAGGAUGACAAAUAGAUGUGAGAGUGUUUUGCACGCUAUACCAUUAUACAAGUGUUUUUCCCAACCUUGAUCCCAGAUUCUCUCUCCUACCCGUCUCUCUUGCUGUAUUUCCAAGUGGAUGUGCGGAUACUUGACUUUGUGUCCACAUAUCUGCGCAUUGACCUAUUUUUAGGUGGCUGCUGCCUAACCUGUCCAGCAUAGCCGUGGUUUUAGUUUUACAUGCAUAACACUCAAAAGAAUGUCAGUGACCCUAAUUUCUCUUAUGAAAUAUCAAUGAGCAUACGAACAAAAAAUCAUUUCCCAAUAAAAUUUAUAAAAUAAUAUUAUGCCUUUCGUUACAUUGCAGUCCUGAUGUUGUGUUCUGUGGAUACAGCGUGCCACAUCCAUCAGAGAACAAAAUCAAUCUCCGCAUACAAACAAAUGGUAAAUUAACAUAAGAUUAAUAUCAUAAUUGUGAUAAUAACAUCAACUCAUAGACUUACAUGUCUUUAAGUCUGAAGCAUUUUCCCUAGUAAUGGUGAUUUCUUUCAGAUUUUCAGACAUGAAGGACAGAUAGAUAUAAGACCACAGAGAAAGUGCCUUUAUUAUCUCCAGACAUUACUAGCCUGCGCGCAGGUGAAAUUAAACCCUGGUUAACUACUAAUCAGAGUUUAGUUAUCGUCUGCAUGCAGGCUAGAUAUUACAUGCCCUUAUGAAAUACAAAAUAUCAAAUUUUAGAGUUUCAUUGCUUUUUAAAAAUUAUUCUAAAACUGUGUACUAAGUUCUCCUACCAUAAAUCCUCUAUUAAGCCCCCCCUCUCAAAUAAGCCCCCCCCUUUUCAGAGGAGGAAAGUUAAUAAGCCCCUCCUCUCUAUUAAGCCCCCCCCCCUCCCCCUCGUCCAAUCCAUAUUCUUCACAAAAACAUUAACGAUUAACGUGGACUGAUCAGUUAUGGUUUAUUCAUAAAAAUUACCGAAGAACAUGAGGUCGAAAGCACAUUUUUGAAGAAUAAGAAUUUUGUUUUUGUUACUUUUAGGCUCCCACAAGUGAAUUAAAUACUUUUGAUGGUGACUUUAAUUGUACAAUGCGUAAGUCUACUCUGUCUCAUACCACAGUAUUUUUGCUACAGGUGAUGCGUUUCACUAAAUUAAAUAAGCCCCCCCUCUCUAUUAAGCCCCCCCUCAAAAGUGCUUGAAAAAAAUAAGCCCCCCGGGGGGCUUAAUAGAGGAUUUACGGUAUUUCAGUGCAUGGUGGCAAUAACCUUUUACUCUCUUUAGGUCCUCCUGCUGUAGAUGUCCUGAGAAGAGGGCUAUCUGAGCUUACUGCCUUGUGUGAACAUAUGCUGGCAACAUUUGAGGUCAGGCAUUGUCCAAGUUAAUGUUUUCUAAACAUGUUAAAAUAGGAAUUUGCUUUGAUAUAAAUGGUAAAUCAUAACGGCAACUUCUGAACUUUUCUUAUUAAAUUUUGUUCAAUUCUUCCACAGACAGCUGUGGAGGAGCACAAGGACUCAAAGCAAAAUGGUGAUUUUGAAAUGUCCACCACUGAAGACUAGAAUCUGCGUGCAAAAAUGGGAUGCUAAAACAGCAAAUCAGUCCAGAAUUAUUCCAGAAUGUUGUUUCUGCUCCAGAUGACUGGUUUACAAAGUAUAGAGCUUUUUCAUGUGAAUGAAACCAGUUAGAAGGCAAAGGGAAAGAGGCCUUUUUAGGGCUAUACCGUGUAUCUGUUUUGUCAGAGAAUAUCGGUCCCGAAGCAUGUGUUUUAAAAUUCUGUGAGACAUCGUUGGUAUUUAAUGUGAUUCUGCAUACAGACUGUGGUCUUAAAUAUUUGUAACAGAAAAAAGUGUUCUACUGAGAACAAUAAAAUGACAGAGUUCCCCAAGAAAACCACUCUUUGGCACUUGCAAAAUAUUUAAAAACUUAUAUCUUUGUCUUUCUUUUGAGGUUGUUCUGUCUCAGGAUUCAAUAGCGUUAUGUAUAUAUAGCUUCUUACAGUAAGACCCU